AACCAAACACUCACUUUUUGUUCAAGUUCCCGUGCAGGAUUGAUGCUGCCAAAGAUCAAUGCACAGUGGUAUGGACCAUGUGAACCCUGCUUAGCUCAUUAGUCCACUGAGGUCUCUGUGUCGAAGGUAGAGACGGCCUAAAUUGCUUGGCAACUCGCUUGCUCAUUCUUUCUGUCUUUCACAAAACCAAACAUCACCUUUUUAGUUCCUCCUCAAAAUUUUGCAAACUAGAAAAAUGGGUUUCCUAGAUUCUUUUCUGAGCCGCUCCAGAGGCACGGCACGAAACACUAGCAACACUAACAACACAAACACCAAGAACCACGGCAACAAUGACAGCAGCAACCGAACCCAGAACGAUGAAGUCCACUUUCGAGUGAUCAACGAACUAGAUCGUCCCAUUAGCAUUCAAAUCUUUAACGAAGAUCCCGACGAGAUUCAACACGUCCGCGAUGAAGAGAGUACGUUUCAAGAUUCCUUUUGCGGCAGCGACGUCUUUAACGGACACGAACCAUUGUCGGUCGAGAGCGACAUUCAACCCGGUCAAGUGUGGACGUAUCAACGAACGUGCAGUUGUCCCGACUGUCAUGUGGGGACCAUCAAGGUCGAUUCGCACGAAAAGUCGUUUUACGUGGAUGCCGUCAAGUGCGGUCGUCGUUCCAGUUGUCUGGAGGAGGAUGCCAGCAAAAGCAGUACCAGAAGCAGCAGUUGUAGUAUGGACGACAGUCAAGACUUGAUUGUCACGACGGACGACAUGGACGACGAUCAUUCCACCAGCAGUCGCAGUUUCACGUUGGCGGAAGAAGCCGUUAUGGAAGUCGAAGUCAUUGAUGCCGAACGAACCGUCGAUGGAACUGUCGUCGUCAAUCUCAUUCUCAAGAAUGUUCCUUCUACCGAACAACAAGGGUCCGAGCGGAAUCGAAUGCGGCUCAGUCAAGGAACACUCGAAGCCAGUUUGGUCAUGUUGGAAUGCAACUUUCGAUUCAAUGGGGCCAAUCAGAUUGACGAUUCUAGUUUUGGGGACUUUACUUCUUCCAGAAGACGAAGCCCCGCAUCGACACGACUCUCCUCGUCAUUACUGUCAGCCACGCGGGAUCCUCGGUCGUCGUACAUGGGGAAUACGGGUGGUGGUGGGGGAGCCAUGAAACAGUCCAUUAUGGGAAUGUACUCCUAAGUGCAUUGGAACAGAAGUUAUGCUCAACACGCAGACAUACCAAAAGAUCAUCUGCAAACUCGUUGGGACAGCUUCUCUCUCUUGGAACACUACACAUGUAACACUAGAUACAAACGUUUUGUAUGCC